GUAGCUUACAUGGGUCGUUUGUAUAAACAAAACGGAUCGGUCAAGCGUUUUUAUAAAUUGUAUACUAUGUCGCCUCGAGUGAGCGUUACUAACACAUCGCAACGCCUUUGUCCUCGUUAUCAGCGCGUUUAAAACCAACCCGUUUCGUGUAACGGCGCAGAACAGAGCGCAACAUAACGGAAUUUGGUGUCUGAUAAAGACGGAACUGACUGUGCUGUGCUUCGAAAAUAUGGCAGAGUUGCACGUUGAGCCCAACACAACUGGCAUCCUCGAGCAGACCGAUCAUCGUGAAAUCAGAGGUUCACUGAAUGUGAGACUGCCCUCUCCCACCCUGAUGAUUCCGCCCCGAAGUGGCUUUUCCAGUCCGGGGGUCUCGGGUUCAAGAGCGGUGUUCGGGUUCCCCAUGAAAAGCAACCCCAGUUCCCCAUCGCCAGAAGCCACAGAGAAGCCUGGAUCCCGGUGGGUUCGACUGAACGUUGGGGGAACCUACUUUGUCACGACGAAACAGACCCUGUUCAGGGAUCCAAAAUCGUUUUUGUAUCGAUUAUGCCAGGAAGAUCCGGAUUUGGAUUCUGACAAGGAUGAGACAGGAGCAUAUUUAAUUGACAGGGAUCCCACAUAUUUCGGCCCCAUCUUGAACUACCUGAGGCAUGGAAAGUUGAUCAUAAACAAGAACCUUGCUGAGGAGGGUGUUCUGGAGGAAGCAGAGUUUUAUAACAUUGCAUCACUUGUGCGACUUGUGAAGGAGAGAAUACGAGACAAUGAAAACAGGACAUCUCAGGGCCCUGUGAAGCAUGUGUAUCGUGUAUUACAAUGCCAAGAGGAAGAGCUCACUCAGAUGGUGUCCACCAUGUCGGAUGGAUGGAAGUUUGAACAGCUCAUAAGCAUUGGUUCCUCCUAUAACUAUGGCAACGAGGACCAGGCAGAAUUUCUGUGAGUCGUUUCCCGGGAGCUCAACAACUCAACUAAUGGAAUUGUUAUUGAACCCACCGAGAAAGCUAAGAUUCUUCAAGAGAGAGGGUCCAGGAUGUGAGAAGCCCGGUGUCUGAGCUUACACAGAUCUCCCAUCGCUCACUUCAGUCCUCCACAUCCUACUCCACCAUACAGCUGACUCCAAGUUCAUCAGCUCACCAUCCCUCCCCCUUGUGCCUUUCCACUUUGGGGGUUUAAGCCCCUCUCCUCCCUGCAGUGCUGCAACAUUAACCAAUCAGCACCAUCACUAACUAUCACUGCUUUUAUCAGCCAAUUGAAAAAAGCAUCUUAGGUUAAUCCUCGGAUAAUGAUAUUUGAUGCAAGAUUGCUCCGAGAGGAUUACAGGAAAGGAUUUAUCAUUCAUCGUAAUGCUUAUUCAUGCAGCCGUCAUCUCCCUCAUCAUAUCCUAAUCAUUGCCAUCGUAAUCUUUACAACGGCUGGUCAGUUAAGCUGUGUAUAACCGUAUGCUCCUCAGGACUUCCAAAGGUGUGCGAGAUAGAUCAUGCAGAAGUCACUUCCCGAUAUUCAAUACAGCUUAUCCUAACAAGCACGUUAUCUUAAAUCAUUAGCAUCCGCCACAUUUCUGUAUCCAUUUCUCACUUCAGUAUACACUUCUCAAACCAAGUGCACAGCAGGUUGCACAAGGAUGAAACGAAGACAGCAGCUUUUGAACAUGCAGUGUUCUGUCUUCUGAGUGGCGUUUUGAUAACUCUACCCAUUUAGCCAUCUGGAAAAGACCAGAGGACAAGGGAGGAGAACUCAUACUGCCAACCGGCCCGUCACAUAUUUGUCCACCGCUGUGAAGAAGUUCGCUCGGGUCGUCAUCCUGGAAAUGGAUUUUUUUUGCCUGGAUAUUUCAAUGCAUCAAAACAGGAAAUAAAGAAAUAUGUGGUUGUAGGGCAUGUGAGGAUUAUGUAUAUUACAAACAUAUGUAUUACGAUAAGGCCGAAUGCAAGUCAUGUUACUGUUGAUAUUUGUACCAUAGUGGUCGUUUUUUUGUGUUUAUCAAGAUGAGUUUCUCUAUUUGAGAUAUUCUGUAAUCCCUGGUGUACUUUUUAAAUGCCUAGUCGCUAAGAUUUGUUAGCGUUAACUCUGUCGAGGACUGGAAAAAAACAGGAGACUUCUUUUAUAGAGGAGGUGUCAGGCUCGUCCAGGUGGUUUAGGAGAAUGCUGUUGGACGAAGCGCCAACAUGUUUUGUGUCGGGCAAAACUGCAUUGAUGGCUCUUUUGACACUUUUUUGACAUUUUAAGAGCUAGUUCUCCCCAUAAUAGCAUAACACGUUGACUGUUUAACUCAAUCUUAAAAAAACGACUGAUCACAUCAGAGGAAUGUUGAACGUAAAGGGCUCCAUUUAAUGUGGACAUAGUUUCUUGUCAUUUUUUGAAAAUGUGAAGUAUCAGUAUCUCUUCAGGUAAAUCGUUUUACGUGUGCUUCAUUUUGACACUGGAGCUGGCAUUUUGUCCUUUGAACUGGUCGCCCUCAUCGUUUAACAUGAUUCUUCUCUCAAGUAGCAGAUAAACUUGAUCUGUAAAACAUUGUGGAAUCUGACUCUAUUACUAGAAGUGAGAAUAUUUAGGUAAAAUUCAGUAUCGUCCAGGCUGUAUUUUGGAUAUUCGGUUGUUCAUAUCUAUUGCUAAACUGUUGAUGAAGGUAGGGGUCAGUCUAAGAUGCGUUUUUGUAAUGUUUAUGGUCUGCGGUGUUUAAAGUGUUGUUUCUUGCUCUAAAUAUGUUUAAAGAUUUUCGCUUCUAUCACAUUAUUUCAUUUAGCAUAUCAAGAAGACAAAGUGUUCGUCUGUGAGCUACUGUUACUGUUUUCCCCCUCCUUGAGAGAGUUUAUUUGUUCAGCCCCAAUUGUUCCUUUAAUGGGACCUUCUCGUAUAGCCCCAUUGUUCACAGUUAGGUUUCAGAUCUGUUUUCAAAGCAGAAUCCUGGAUUCAGACCUAGAUGUAAUGUUUAGUUCUCUUGUUUGACCUGUUAUUCCUUGCAUCUCGUUGCAAAGAUUUACUCUACCUAAAAUACAGAUACAGGUCAAUGCAACGUAAUGGUCUGUUUAUUUCUCAUGUCUUUGGACUCUGAACAGUUAGUUCCGUUCCUUAACACGGAUACUGAAUGUGCCCUGUUUUUGCCCAGAAUGUUUUUGUGCCUGCCUAUAUGUAUUCAGCCUUUUCACUCCUGCCCCUAUGCACUUUUAAGUUGGGCCCGAUUGUGCCUACCUUUAAUGUUCUCCCUGUGUGGAUUUUGUUCUAUUUUUAGAAUUGAACCCCAUGCAUGGCAUUAUAAAAUGUCAUUUGCAGUCUAAAGUUUUAUUUAAGACUGUUCAGGAAACCGAAAUGGAUGUCACAUUGACUGUUGCGUAUUACCCAGACUGUGAGAAUUUCAGCCUCCUCCUUUUUAAAAAUCUGUACUUUAGGUCUUGUUUCACAUCUGAAUUGUUGACAAAAAGUCAAACAUUUCAAUUCCUUAUUUUGGAACGCUAAUUUGGAAGCAUGCGAUGUGUUGAGUAUAUAAUGUUAUAUGCUGGGAUUUUGACAGUGUGUAGAGGUGAAUUGGUGCAUGGACUGUUGACAGAUGGUUUUGAUAUUUAAUGAAUAUUUAAGAAGUGGAACUUAAAAAAAUGGUCAGUCUGCAGCUUUGGACAUGUUUCUCUUCUGUAGAAAUUAAUAAUAUCUCACACACUACUGGAUAAACUGGCUUGUUAAGGCUAAAUAUGCAUAUACAACACCCUUUGUAUUUGUGGUAUAAGCCUUAAACAGAAGUUUUGGAAGUAGGCCAGAAGUUUAGACCUCUGUCAUAAAGUCUUUCAUACCAGUUAAAACAUGGUCCAUGUUCAAAAAAAGAGGCAUUUUUUUGCCGUAAUAGUUAGUCAACAACACCUGCAUGCUUUAAUAUACAGUACACACACAUUUUAACGUGCUAAAACCUGCUUUUACAUCAGUUGUUUUGGAUGUAUUGCAUUGUCAACAGUAUUGGUGUAAAGUGUCAAAUAUGUCAAUAGGUUAUGGAGAUUCUGGAAAUGAGUAGUCUUGAUCAGACUGUCUUUUCAUUUUUCUUAUUUUUGACGUUCGUCUUCUGAUGCAGUUUCUUGCCAUGUACAGAUUGCAAAAAGAUAAUGUAUGAUUUUUAUCAUAAAAUGUGUUUGUGUUUCAAA